UUCCGCUUUCCGUCUUCCGCUGCAGUAGGAGCCAUUUCGCGACGGGCUGCGCGCGAGUGGCUGUGUGUCUGUGGGGCCUCUCUGAAGGAACCGAGCCACGCGCGGCUUUCGGAAGAGCAGCACUUGGGGAGACGGGGAGGAAGACGGUUUAACAAGACACAUCAUGGGUGACGUCAAAAAUUUCUUAUAUGCCUGGUGUGGGAAAAGAAAAAUGACCCCAACCUAUGAAAUAAGAGCAGUGGGGAACAAGAACAGACAGAAAUUCAUGUGUGAGGUUCGAGUGGAAGGUUUUAAUUAUACUGGAAUGGGCAAUUCCACCAAUAAGAAAGAUGCUCAGAGCAAUGCUGCCAGAGAUUUUGUUAACUAUUUGGUUCGAGUGAAUGAAGUAAAGAGUGAAGAAGUUCCAGCUAUUGGAAUAGCACCCCCUGUUACUGAUACAACUGACUCAGCAGAGGGUGGUGGUGGAAAUUUACCAACUACUUUGGGAGGACCUCUUCCUCCUCAUCUGGCUCUCCAAGCAGAUGGUACCCCAGGUUCUGGACUUGGAGGCUCUGGUUAUGGUCCUGGUACUGGUCCAGGUGGUACAUGGGAUCGUGGAGCCAACUUAAAGGAUUACUACUCCAGAAAGGAGGAGCAAGAAGCACAAGCGACUCUGGAAUCAGAAGAAGUAGAUUUAAAUGCUGGUCUUCAUGGAAACUGGACCUUGGAAAAUGCUAAGGCUCGGCUGAAUCAAUUUUUCCAAAAAGAGAAGGUCCAGGGAGAAUAUAAAUACACCCAAGUGGGUCCUGAUCACAACAGGAGCUUUAUUGCAGAAAUGACCAUUUAUGUCAAGCAACUGGGCAGAAGGAUUUUUGCACGUGAACAUGGUUCUAAUAAAAAGUUGGCAGCCCAGUCUUGUGCACUGUCCCUCGUUAGGCAGCUCUACCAUCUUGGGGUAGUUGAAGCUUAUUCUGGACUAACAAAGAAGAAGGAAGGAGAGACGGUAGAACCUUACACAGUUAACCUAUCUCAGGACUUAGAACAUCAGCUGCAAAAUGUUGUUCAGGAGUUAUGCCUAGAAAUCCAGCCUCCACCUGAAGAUCCUAAUUUUCCAGUUGUACUCAAUAUUGGCAAACUAGCCACUUUUGAACCAUCACAGCGACAGAAUCAAGUUGGGGUUGUUCCCUGGUCACCUCCUCAGUCUAACUGGAAUCCGUGGACCAGUAGCAACAUUGAUGAAGGCCCUUUGGCUUAUGCCACUCCUGAACAAAUAAGCAUGGACCUGAAGAAUGAACUCAUGUACCAGCUGGAACAGGAUCAUGAUUUACAGGCAAUCCUUCAGGAGAGGGAGAUGCUGCCUGUUAAGAAGUUUGAAAAUGAAAUCUUGAGGGCAAUCCAUCAAAAUUCAGUUGUCAUUAUUCGUGGCGCCACUGGAUGUGGUAAAACUACACAGGUUCCACAGUAUAUUUUGGAUGAAUGUAUUCAAAACAACCGAGCAGCUGAAUGUAAUAUAGUAGUGACUCAGCCCAGGAGAAUCAGUGCAGUUUCUGUGGCAGAACGUGUUUCUUAUGAGAGAGGAGAAGAACCUGGGAAAAGCUGUGGCUACAGUGUACGAUUUGAGUCCGUGCUUCCCCGGCCUCAUGCCAGUAUUAUGUUCUGUACUGUAGGUGUACUACUGAGGAAAUUAGAAGCAGGCAUCCGUGGAAUCAGUCAUGUAAUUGUAGAUGAAAUCCAUGAAAGAGACAUUAAUACUGACUUUCUUUUGGUGGUGUUAAGGGAUGUAGUCCAGGCUUAUCCUGAAGUGCGCAUUGUCCUCAUGUCUGCUACCAUUGAUACCAGCAUGUUCUGUGAAUAUUUCUUCAAUUGUCCUAUUAUCGAAGUCUUUGGAAGAACUUACCCAGUUCAAGAGUAUUUUCUGGAAGACUGCAUUCAGAUGACCCAGUUCAUUCCUCCACCAAAGGACAAGAAGAAAAAAGACAAAGAUGAUGAUGGUGGAGAUGAUGAUGAUGCAAACUGUAACCUAAUCUGCAGUGAUGAAUAUGGUCCAGAGACAAAGCGAUGCAUGGCACAGAUGAAUGAGAAAGAAACUCCAUUUGAACUCAUCGAGGCACUUCUAAAGUACAUUGAGACCCUUAAUGUUCCUGGAGCAGUUCUGGUUUUCCUUCCUGGCUGGAACUUGAUAUAUACUAUGCAAAAGCACUUAGAAAUGAAUCCCCAUUUUGGAAGCCACCGGUAUCGGAUUCUUCCCCUGCAUUCUCAAAUUCCUAGAGAGGAACAGCGAAAAGUGUUUGAUCCAGUACCAAAUGGAGUAACCAAGGUUAUUUUGUCCACAAAUAUUGCUGAAACCAGCAUUACCAUUAAUGAUGUCGUUUAUGUUGUUGAUUCCUGCAAGCAGAAGGUGAAACUGUUCACUGCUCACAACAACAUGACCAACUAUGCUACCGUAUGGGCAUCCAGAACAAAUCUUGAACAGCGGAAAGGACGAGCUGGUCGUGUACGACCUGGUUUCUGUUUUCAUCUCUGCAGCAGAGCUCGUUAUGAUAGACUCGAAACUCAUAUGACCCCUGAAAUGUUCCGAACACCACUGCAUGAAAUUGCUUUGAGUAUCAAACUUCUUCGUCUAGGAGGAAUUGGUCAAUUCCUGGCCAAAGCCAUUGAACCACCACCUUUGGAUGCUGUGAUUGAAGCAGAGCACACCCUCAGAGAGCUUGAUGCACUAGAUGCUAAUGAUGAGUUGACACCUCUUGGGCGAAUCCUGGCUAAACUCCCAAUUGAGCCCCGGCUUGGCAAAAUGAUGAUAAUGGGUUGUAUUUUCUAUGUGGGGGAUGCCGUAUGUACUAUCUCUGCUGCCACUUGCUUCCCAGAGCCUUUUAUCAGUGAAGGCAAGCGCUUGGGUUAUGUACACCGUAAUUUUGCUGGAAACAGGUUUUCGGAUCAUGUGGCCCUUUUGUCAGUGUUUCAAGCCUGGGAUGAUGCCAGAAUGGGUGGAGAAGAGGCAGAGAUCCGCUUUUGUGAACAUAAAAGACUGAAUAUGGCCACACUCAGAAUGACUUGGGAAGCAAAAGUUCAGCUUAAAGAAAUUCUGGUUAAUUCUGGAUUCCCAGAAGAAUGUCUGAUGACACAAGUAUUUAAUAAUACGGGACCAGAUAACAAUUUGGAUGUUGUUAUCUCUCUUCUGGCCUUUGGUGUGUACCCUAAUGUUUGCUACCAUAAGGAGAAAAGGAAAAUUCUCACCACUGAGGGGCGAAAUGCACUUAUUCACAAGUCAUCUGUUAACUGCCCCUUUAGCAGCCAGGACAUGAAAUACCCAUCUCCUUUCUUUGUAUUUGGAGAAAAAAUCCGCACUCGAGCCAUCUCUGCCAAAGGCAUGACCUUAGUGACCCCCCUACAGCUUCUUCUCUUCGCUUCUAAGAAAGUCCAGUCAGAUGGGGAAAUUGUGUUGGUCGAUGACUGGAUCAGACUGCAGAUGUCCCAUGAGGCUGCUGCUUGCAUAACCGCCCUCCGAGCAGCCAUGGAGGCUCUAGUUGUUGAAGUAACCAAAGAGCCUGAAAUAAUCAGCAAUUUGGAUCCUUCAAAUGAGCGCAUGCUAAACAUGAUUCGGCAAAUCUCCAGACCUUCAGCUGCUGGUAUUAGUCUCAUGAUUGGCAACGCACGGUAUGGAGAUGGUCCUCGCCCACCCAAGAUGGCUAGAUACGACAAUGGAGGCGGAUUCAGAGGUCGAGGUGGUCAGCGAGGUUCUGGCUAUCAAGGUGGAGGAUAUGGUGGGAGAGGAUAUGGUGGGGGAUCUAAUUCUUACCAAGGAGGGUAUGGAAGUGGAGGAGGAUACAGAGGCUCAGGUGGCGGUUAUAGAGGAUCUGGAGGAGGAUACAGUGGUGGAAUGGGUGGAGGAGGAUAUAGAGGAUCUGGAGGAUUCCCUCGAGGAGGAAACAGAGGUGGCUAUGGUAUGGGUUUUGGAGGUGGCUUUUGAGGAAAUAAUCACCUGCUUUCAAAGCUCUCUUCAUCUCCCAAGUAGUCAAUACUAAAAUAUGCAUGUUACAUUUUUUUUCAAGAGAUUUGUUUGCUGCCAUUAAGGCUAAAAUCUAUUUUCCACUCACUGUGUUGUUCAAUGUAGUUUAAAGAAAACUAAGUAUGUAGGUAUAUUGGUGAUUUUGUUUAUUAUGUAAAAUAUUGAUGAUCUCCUAUUACAGAGUACCACAGUUUGUAUUAUUUUGUUCUUAAUAAAGUAAGUUUUGUUUUUUGAAAUUAAUGUGAUAUUUUCUUGGCUUUAGUUUAAUACUAUGGAAAAUAAAAUAUUACACUGAACCUAAGUCAUGUGUUUAAUCAUUGCUUUUUACACAUUGAAUUAUGUUUACAAGUUUUUGGGGAAUAGUAGUUAUAUUCUACUAGUCAAAGUAUUAGAAUUAAUCUAACGCAGACUUUAAGACAAGCUGUUCCAAAGCAUCUCUUGAACAUUAGAGGUAAGCACUGUUGUGAUUUUUAGAUUUAUGUUUUUGGAAGAGAGUUAAUAGGGAGUUUAGUAUAAAUGUCCUUGAAAUAAAGAUCUAAUAUUACUAGCCAGUGCAUAAUUCACAUUGUUUUUUAUAUCUGCAAGAGACUAACUUGACCAUAGUCUAGAGCAGAAUUUCUUAACCUUAAUCCUUUACAUAGUCUAGUGAAGGCUAUUGAUCCCUUAUCAGAAUAAUGUUUUUAAAUGACUAUACUAUUAUCAAUGUAUCCUUUAAAUUCUUAAAAAAAUUCUCAGUCCCCCAGGUUAGGUCAAGUCAACAACCAUUUGUUAAGGCUCUGUGCUAAGCAUUGGGGAUAGCAAGACAGAGGUCCCUACUCUCAAGGAGCCAAUGGGGGAAAACAACAUGCAAACAACCAUGUACAGACGGCGUCAACAAGAUAAACUGGAGGUGAUCAGCAAGGGGGCAUCAGGAAAAAGCUUCAUGUAGAGGUUUGAAGGAAGCCAGAGGAAGGGUGGAAUCUACUGGUAAAUCCUAUCUCCAAUGAGCCUCUGCUUAUACUGGUAAACCUACAGCUGGUAAAUCAAGACUGUCUUCCUUUGUUAACCCUCAGAUUAUAUUAAUUCACAAAGAUUGUGAGGUAAGGUUUUUUAAAUUAUUUCUCCAGAUUAAAAAAACUUGCUUGCUUUGGUAAAUAUUAAUAGACAGGAUAUAAAGCAAACAACAUUUAAAUAUUAUUACCCCAAUCAAAAAUUCUGCUUUUCAAAUUGAUUUGUGCUUCAUCACAUUUCGUAUAUCGUAUUUCUGUGGUUCUUCUGUGAUCUUUUCUGCUUUUCAACUCAAUGCUAUUACAGCUAAAACAUGAGGUUUACAGAACCUGAAUGUUCCUUAUAAUCUACAAAAAUUCCUAAAUUAAAACCUUUUUUUUUUCCAAAGCAUCCCAAAGAUUAGCAUACUUUAUAAAGUAUGAGGGGUAAAUUAUUUGUUAUUUGCAAUUUAUUAAGCAUUCAUCGAGGUAGCGGGAAUGUUACUAUUGGAGUUUCAAAAUAUAUGGUAUCUGCUACUGAAUAAAUUUGGUUAUUUUUUAAAAAACAUCACACCACUUUUUUAUAUUCUCAUUAAUAUUCUUCUACUCAUAGGAAUUACUUUACUACUUUCUUAAGAUUGUGGAUUCAAAAUAAAAGUAUUUGAGACUUUAACCAGAUUUUAGAAUGUCUAUUUUGUCAUUUAUGAGGUGGAGGUUGUAUUGGUAUAUUUUUACUCAGACUUUUAUUCUAAAAAAAAUCUUUAGCGGAAAAUAGCAGAAUAGACAGGAAAUUACCUGACUCUUGACAAAAAUUUCCCACAAAUUAGAUAAAAUAGGCCUUUAUGUGAAUUCUUGUGUGAGAGGCAGAAAUAAUUAGGUUAGGGUAGAGCAGUUUUAUAAGAUGAGGUUUGGCCCAAAGUGCAAAAACCUACUGGUAGACACUACCAAAUGUAACAACAAAGGCUGGGGGCAGCUGCCUCAGCUUCAGAAACUUUCACCUACAUUGGGAGGAAGGAGGGAAAAAGAAGUUGGUGAACAGAGGAGGGCAAUACUGAAGGACUCUCCAUUGUCACUAAAUGUGAGGUCCAGUUGUGAUGAAGUCCUGGGCUGCAGCUGUGAGUAGGCCAAGUAUUCUAGCAGAGAGAUGGGAACCUUUCUGGCUGGGGACACUUGGAGGAGAAUGGAAUCCCUGGCUUGAAGCCCAGAAAGAAAAAACAAGGGAGAGCAAGAGCAUUUGUGGUGACAGCCAUGUCUUAGGCAGAGAAAAGUGCAUAAUGUCAACCCUAGACAAGACUAAAGAAAACAAUAGGAAAAGUCUGAGGCAUUAUCCCCCAUACCACAAGUCUAGAAUCUGACUAUAUAAGAAGUCACUAAAAAAAAAUAAGCAAAAAAGAAAAGUAAGAACUCCAUAUUUACUGUGGAAUAGAAGGGAUCUGGGUUUUUAUUCAGAAUUAGAUUAGUGAUGUUAAAAAAAAAAGCCACUCCAAUUUAAAAGAAAAAU